AUAAGUGACAUAUGACGUCAUCCCCAACUUGUGGGUGGGUGCGGGAUUUACCUGUAGCCGCAGGUAACACACGGAAAGACAAGGGAGCGCAGCACUCGUCCCAAUUUACCGACACAACUGGCGGCAAACUGGACCUUUAGUGUCUCCCGUCUCGUUAAUCUGAGUUUUCGGACAGGAAAAGGCAACGUACCGGCCACCGCGGGCGUGACUGAGGGGGAAAGUUCAGCGCAUUUCAAGUCAAACAAGUUAAACAUCUAAAGGAAGAGUUCUGUUUUGACUUCCGGAACUAAAGGAGAACAGAAAGUAACGACGAAGACCAAGACUAUUUAUUCCUAUGCGGUGGUGGACCUGGUGAGCCAUGCCUGGCAACAGUGCAGGGAGUGUGCAGAAGCCCCGCCCCCACGGCGGGCAGACGGGCCGGGCGGCGGGUGAGGGGCAGCGUCGCAGCCGGGCACAGUCCCGGGACAGCAGUGCCAGUCAGGAGUCGUCACGGGAACCGUGCCUGGAGCCGUCCCGCCUGACGGACAUGGCGCAGGGGCGCAAGCCGCACCCCCGCAGCGCUAACGGGCGGGACUCGGAGACGCUGGGGUUCAUUCCGGGGUCGGCAGACUCGGCCCCGGCCGUGCGCACGUGCGGCCCCUGCACCCCCCCGGGGUGGGGGGGGUGUCGCGCGCUCUUCUGCUGCAUCGUGACCUGCGGCCUGUACGGGUCCCGCGAACCCUGCCUCUCCUCCCCAAACCGCGAGACCUCCACCGACGACCCUGCCCCGCCCGACCCCCAGGACUGCCCCCCCAACGGCGUGGCCAUGACGACGGGCGCCGUGCGGCAGGAGCCCCGGCCGGCGCAGCCGCUCAAGCUGCUCCCCUCCGACAGCUUCCGCUACGGCGACUUGCGCAUCGGCGGCAAGAAGGUGGACUACGCGGCCGUGGGACCCCCCCGGCGCAGCCGCCCCCCCGGGGCCCGGGCGGGGGGGGAGAGCCAGCGGCCCGUCAGCAACACCAGCGUCACCAGCGUGUACUCCCGCGAGGAGCUGGACUUCCUGGACGACCUGAGCGACAGCGGCACCGACAUCGACUCGCUCAUCACCAAGAAGCUGCUGGAGCUGUACAAGCUGCACCAGAUCGACCAGCUGGCCAAGUGCACCUCCGACUCGUCCUUCUCGCGCAAGACCAACGAGAUCAGCGACCUGAUCUACUGCAUCGCCCAGGACUACAACCUGGAGGAGCAGGAGGCCGAGUGCCGGCUGGUGCACGGGGUGAUCCGCAUCAGCACCCGCAAGAGCAAGAGGAGCGCCCCCCGGGCCAAGGAGCCCGCCCCCCCCCUCAGCGCACCCCUCAACGGGAGGCGGGACGGAACCCUGCCCGACAGCGGCAACGAAACCAUGAUGGACACCUUCUAUAGCAACGACACGGAGCCCGAGGUGAAGGUGUCCCAGCAGACUCCAUCUGACGCCCUGGCCAGGCAGAUGAGGAUGAACAGUGGGCGUGAGUACUCCCCCAGCUCGCCCACAGCCUUCUCCCCCAGCCCUCACUACACGGAGACGGACUCCUCUGGGACCCCCCUGCUGCACUACAUCCGAACAUGAGCCCCCUCACCCCUCAGUGUGUGUGUGUGUGUGUGUGUGUGUGUGUGUGUGUGUGAGUGUGAGUGUGAGUGUGAGUGUGAGU